GUCUCAGCAGGAGUGGUGGGUGCCGCGUGCGCCCGACGACCGGCUCUGACCGCUUGGGCCGGCUUAGAAUGAGGACGCGCGGGGCGGCCCCUCGCCGCGCGGCGGGGCUCCUCAUGCUGCUCCUCCGGUGCUUCGGGCUUGCGGAGCCCUCUGUCCGCGCAGGUAAUGAUCCAUUCACCAUUGUCAAUGAAAACACAGGCAAGUGCAUCAAGCCACUGCACGGCUGGAUAGUAGCAAAUGAUUGUGAUGAAACUAGGGACAUGUUAUGGAAGUGGGUGUCCCAGCAUCGGCUCUUUCAUUUGCAAUCCCAGAAGUGCCUCGGCCUAGAUAUUACCAAACCCACGGAUUCCUUGAGAAUGCUCAGCUGCGACUCCAAUGCCAUGCUGUGGUGGAAAUGUGAGCACCACUCUCUAUAUGGUGCUGCCCAGUACAGACUGGCUCUGAAGGGUGGACAUGCCAUCGCCAGUACAAAUACAUCUGAUGUCUGGAAGAAAGGAGGCUCAGAAGAAAGCCUUUGUGACCAGCCUUACCAUGAGAUAUAUACCAGAGAUGGGAACUCCUAUGGGAGACCUUGUGAAUUUCCAUUCUUAACUAAUGGGACCUGGCAUCAUGAGUGCAUUCUUGAUGAAGAUCACAGUGGUCCAUGGUGUGCCACCACCUUAAAUUAUGAAUAUGAUCAAAAGUGGGGCAUCUGCUUAAAACCAGAAAAUGGCUGUGAAAAUAAUUGGGAAAAGAAUGAGCAGAUUGGAAGUUGCUACCAAUUUAAUACUCAGGAAGCUCUUUCGUGGAAAGAAGCUUAUGUUUCAUGUCAGAAUCAAGGAGCUGACUUACUGAGCAUCAACAGUGUUGCUGAAUUAACUUAUCUUACAGAAAAAGAAGGCAUUGCUAGAAUUUUCUGGAUUGGCUUAAAUCAGCUGUACUCUGCUAGAGGCUGGGAAUGGUCAAACCACAAGCCAUUAAACUUUCUCAACUGGGACCCAGAUAUGCCUAGUGCACCUGUAAUAGGUGGAUCAAGCUGUGCAAGAAUGGAUGCCGAGUCUGGUCUGUGGCAGAGUUUUUCCUGUGAAGCUCAACUGCCCUACAUCUGCAGGAAACCAUUAAAUAAUACAGUGGAGUUAACAGAUGUCUGGACGUAUUCAGAUACCCGCUGUGAUGCAGGCUGGCUGCCAAAUAAUGGAUUUUGCUAUCUGCUGGCAAAUGAAAGUGAUUCCUGGGAUAAGGCACAUAUGAAAUGCAGAGCCUUCAGUAGUGACCUAAUCAGCAUUCAUUCUUUAGCAGAUGUGGAAGUGGCUGUCACAAAACUCCAUAAUGGGGAUGCUAAAGAAGAAAUAUGGAUAGGCCUUAAGAACAUAAAUACACCAGCUUUAUUUCAGUGGUCAGAUGGUACUGAAGUUACUCUAACAUAUUGGGAUGAGAAUGAGCCAAAUGUUCCUUAUAAUAAGACUCCCAAUUGUGCUUCCUAUUUAGGAAAGCUAGGUCAGUGGAAAGUCCAAUCAUGUGAAGAAAAACUUAAAUAUGUAUGUAAGAAAAAGGGAGAAAAACUGAAUGAUGCAAAAUCUGAUAAGAUGUGUCCUCCUGAUGAGGGCUGGAAGAGACAUGGUGAAACCUGUUACAAGAUUUACAAAGAUGAGGUCCCUUUUGGAACAGACUGCAAUCUGACUGUCACUAGCAGAUUUGAGCAAGAAUACUUGAAUGAUAUGAUGAAAAAGUAUGAUAAAUCUCUAAGAAAAUACUUCUGGACUGGGCUGAGAGAUGUAGAUUCACGUGGAGAGUAUAGUUGGGCAACUGUUGGUGGAAUAAAGCAGGCUGUGACCUUUUCCAACUGGAAUUUUCUCGAGCCAGCUUCUCCAGGCGGGUGUGUGGCUAUGUCUACUGGAAAGUUUCUUGGAAAGUGGGAGGUGAAGGACUGCAGAAGCUUCAGAGCACUUUCAAUUUGCAAGAAAAUAAGUGGACCCCUUGAGCCUGAAGAAGCAGCCCCCAAGCCUGAUGGCCUCUGUCCUGCAGGCUGGCAUAGUUUCCCCUCAGGUCUUUCCUGUUAUAAGGUAUUCCAUGUAGAAAGAAUCGUGAGAAAGAGGAACUGGGAAGAAGCUGAAAGGUUCUGCCAAGCACUGGGAGCUCAUCUUCCUAGCUUCAGUCAUGCAGAUGAAAUAAAGGAAUUCAUCUACUUUUUAAUGGACCAGUUCAGUGACCAGCGUUGGCUGUGGAUAGGUUUGAAUAAAAGGAGCCCAGAUUUACAAGGAUCCUGGCAAUGGAGUGAUCGUACACCUGUGUCUACUAUUAUCAUGGAAAAUGAAUUUCAGCAGGAUUAUGACAUCAGAGAUUGUGCUGCUGUCAAGGUCAUUCAUAGGCCAUGGCGAAGAGGCUGGCAUUACCAUGAUGACAGAGAAUUUACUUAUAUGAGGCCUUUUGCUUGUGAUACAAAACUUGAAUGGGUAUGCCAGAUUCCAAAAGGCCACACUCCAGAGACACCAGACUGGUAUAAUCCAGAGCGUGCUGGAAUUCAUGGACCUCCGGUUGUAAUUGAAGGAAGUGAAUAUUGGUUUGUUGCUGAUCCUCACUUAAACUACGAAGAAGCCGUCCUGUACUGUGCUAGCAAUCACAGCUUUCUUGCUACUAUAACAUCUUACACAGGACUAAAAGCCAUCAAAAACAAAAUAGCAAAUAUAUCUGGUGAGGAACAGAAGUGGUGGGUGAGAACUAGUGAGCAGCCAAUAGAUCGUCAUUUUACAUUUUCACGACAUCCAUGGCGCCACUUUACUAUGACAUUUGGAGAGGAAUGCUCGUACAUGUCUGCCAAGACUUGGCUUAUGGACUUAAGCAAACCAGCAGACUGUAGUACCAAGUUGCCUUUCAUCUGUGAAAAAUAUAACGUAUCUCCGUUAGAGAAAUAUAGCCCAGAUUCUGCAGCUAAAGUACAAUGUUCUGGGUAUUGGAUUCCUUUUCAGAAUAAGUGUUUUCUAAAGAUCAAAUCCAGGUCUCUUCCAUUUUCUCAAGCAAGUGAUAUUUGUCACUCCUAUGGUGGCACCCUUCCUUCAGUGUUGAGCCAGAGUGAACAAGAUUUUAUCACAUCCUUGCUCCCGGAUAUGGAAGCUACUUUAUGGAUUGGUUUGCACUGGACUGCCUAUGGAAGGAUGAACAAAUGGACAGAUAACAGAGAGCUGGUAUACACCAACUUUCACCCAUUAUUGGUUGGCCGGAGGCUGAGAAUACCAGCAAAUCUUUUUGAGGAAGAGUCCCACUACCACUGUGCUCUAAUACUCAACCUCCGAAAUUCACCUUUUACCGGGACAUGGAAUUUUACUUCUUGCAGUGAAUACCACUACGUAUCUCUCUGUCAGAAAUAUUCAGAAAUUAAAGGCACACAGACCUUGCAGAAUACUUCAGAAACCAUAAAGUAUCUAAAUAACCUGUACAAAAUAAUCCCGAAGAAUCUGACUUGGCACGAAGCCCUAAGGGAGUGUCUGAAGGAUGACAUGCACCUGGUGAGCAUCACGGACCCUUACCAACAGGCAUUCCUCACCGUGCAGGCAGCCCUCUGGAACUCUCCUUUGUGGAUUGGACUCUCCAGUCAGGAUGAUGAACUCAACUUUGGUUGGUCAGAUGGGAAACGUCUUCAUUUUAGUCGCUGGGCUGAAAAUAACCAGCAACUUGAUGACUGUGUAGUAUUAGACACUGAUGGAUUCUGGAAAACAGCUGAUUGCAGUGAUAACCAACUGGGUGCUAUUUGCUACUAUCCAGGAAAUGAGACUGAAAAAGAGGUCAAACCAGUUGACAGUGUUAAAUGUCCAUCUCCUGUUCUAAAUACUCCAUGGAUACCAUUUCAGAACAGUUGUUACAAUUUUAUGAUAACAAAGAACAGACAUAUGGCAACAACACAGGAUGAAGUUCACUCUAAAUGCCAAAAACUGAAUCCAAACUCACAUAUUCUGAGUAUACGAAAUGAAAAGGAGAAUAACUUUGUUCUUGAGCAACUUCUAUAUUUCAAUUACAUGGCUUCAUGGGUCUUAUUAGGAAUAACUUAUGAAAAUGAUUCUCUCAUGUGGUUUGAUAAGACCAUGCUGGCAUAUACAAACUGGAGAACAGGAAGACCAACUAUAAAAAAUGACAAGUUUUGGGCUGGUUUGAGUACUGAUGGCUUCUGGGAUAUUCAAACCUUUAAUGUUAUUGAAGAAACGCUUUAUUUUCACCAGCACAGCAUUCUUGCUUGUAAAAUUGAAAUAGUUGACUACAAGGAAGAAUAUAAUACUACACUGCCACAGUUUAUUCCAUAUGAAGAUGGUAUUUAUAAUAUUAUUCAAAAAACCGUAACAUGGUAUGAAGCUUUAAACAUGUGUUCUCAAAGUGGAGGUCAUUUGGCAAGUGUUCAUGACCAAAAUGGCCAGCUCUUUCUGGAAGAUAUUGUAAAACGUGAUGGAUAUCCACUAUGGGUCGGGCUGUCAAGUCAUGAUGGAAGUGAAUCAAGUUUUGAAUGGUCUGAUGGCAGUGAAUUUGACUACAUACCUUGGAAAGGCCAAAAAUCUCCUGGAAAUUGUGUUGCAUUGUAUCCCAAAGGAAUUUGGAAACAUGAAAAAUGCAACUCUGUUAAAGAUGGUGCUAUUUGUUAUAAACCUACGAAAUUUAAAGAGCUGUCCCCUCAUACAUACUCAUCAAGAUGUCCAGUGGCAAAAGGGAACGGGUCACAGUGGAUCCAGUACAGGCAUCACUGUUAUAUGUCUGACCAUGCGUUGCACAGUUUCUCAGAGGCUGAACAAUUGUGUCCAAAACUUGAUCAUUCUGCAACUAUUGUUACCAUAGAAGAUGAAGAUGAGAAUAAAUUUGUGAGCAGACUGAUGAGAGAAAAUAAUAAUAUUACCAUGAGAGUUUGGCUUGGAUUAUCUCAACAUUCUGUUGAUCAGUCUUGGAGUUGGUUAGAUGGAUCAAAAGUGACAUUUGUCAAAUGGGAAAAUAAAAGUGAGAGUGAUGAUGGAAAAUGUAGCAUUUUGUUAGCUUCAAAUGAAACUUGGAAAAAAGUUGAAUGCUCACAUGGCUAUGGAAGAGUUGUCUGCAGAGUUCCUCUGGACUGUCCUUCAUCCACCUGGGUUCAGUUCCAAGACAGUUGUUACAUUUUUCUCCAAGAAGCCAUCAAAGUACAAAGCAUAGAAGAUGUCAGAAAUCAGUGUACCAACCAUGGAGCAGACAUGAUAAGCAUUCAUAAUGAAGAAGAAAAUGCUUUUAUACUGGAUACUUUGAAAAAGCAAUGGAAAGGCCCGGAUGAUAUCCUACUAGGCAUGUUUUAUGACACAGAUGAUGCGAGUUUCAAGUGGUUUGAUAAUUCAGAUAUGACAUUUGAUAAGUGGACAGACCAAGAAGAUGGUGAGGAUCUAGUUGACACUUGUGCUUUUCUGCACACCAAGACAGGUGAAUGGAAAAAAGGAAAUUGUGAAGUUUCUUCUGUGGAAGGAACACUUUGUAAAGCAGCUAUCCCAUAUAAAAAGAAAUAUUUAUCAGAUAAUCACAUUUUAAUAUCAGCUUUGGUGAUUGCUAGCACAGUAAUUUUGACAGUUUUGGGAGCAAUCAUUUGGUUCCUGUACAAAAGAAAUUCUGCUUCUGGCUUCACCACAGUUUUUUCAACUGCAUCCCAAUCACCUUAUGACGACGACUGUGUUUUGGUAGUUGAAGAAAAUGAAUAUGCUGUUCAAUUUGACUAGUUUUUGGUAAUCUCAGACUAGACAUUAAAUGCCUUGACAGCAAUUCCUGUGCAAGACUUUAAUAUAAAACUUGAUAUUGAAAAUUAUAGCUUUUAUGGUAUUCCUUAUUCCAGUAACAUUUUCAUGUAUUCAUCAAUUGUGACAAAAAUUAACCUUUGUUUGUUAUAAAAACAGUUUUAAAAGAAGGAAUGCUCUUAGAUUUAAUUUGGUAGUUUUAAUCACCUGUUCAAAUGCAGAACCUUUCAGAUGAAGGGGAGCUUGAAGCCCAAGUAGUAAACCAGAUAAAAUAAAAACUCAGCCUACUUGUCUUACCUCCUCUAUCUUUCCUUCCAUUUAGUUGAACCAGUUUACUUUACGGUUUAACUGCCUUGUUCCUUUAUUAAUAAAUAGUAAAUAUGAUGAAUUAAAUCUAAUUUUAAAAUAGAUUCUAUACAUUUAAAUAAUCUUGAUACUUGUUAUUCUGGCAGAUAAUUCCUUUAGUAUUUUUAUCUUCAUGAUUUAGAUGAAAAAAACUACAGAUUUUUACAUCCCAUACUCCACAUAAUUAUGCAGUUUUUUUUAGACAUUCCAUUUUGGACCACAAGCACUGAUCGCAAGUGAUUAAAAUUUUAUAAAUUUUUUGUAACAAAAAAUUAUAGCUGUGUCCAGGAAGGCGUGGAGAAGGCUGGUGAUGAGGUUAACACUUACAUCAUAGUGCCGCUUUAAGGAUUAUUCUCCUACCACCAUAACUUUUCCUAUACAAGGUAUCUCAUGCUCCCCAAGCAUUUAUAAAUUUUUUUCUUCAAUGCCAUGGGAACUGUAAGCAAAGACUGAAGAAAAACAUUAAGUACGUUAGUAGUGAUGCUGAUCAAAGUUUCCAGUACAUUUUAAGGGUGAAAAUAAUCAUUUUGGGAGUAAAAAAUGAAAAUGGAGGAAAGCAGAAAUGAGUGAUUUUCUUUACCAUCUUUUAUAGCUCAAAAAGAGUAUUAGAAAAGAUAAGGAAUGGCUAGGCUUCACACAAAAUUAUACUUACUAUUCUUAGAAGCUUUACAGCUCAAGGAAAGUAAUCUCUCUCCUGAACCCAUGCUCCAUCAAUUCUUAUUAGGAAUAAUUUUCUUAUGGGGAGAAAUUCUCUCUCUAGCGUGGCUAAUGGCAGCAAAGUCGCAGAUCGUGUCACCUGUUUUCAGUGACCACUAUACUAUGAAUCAAAAACAUCCCUUAUUACAUUUAAUGGCACUACUGUUAAUGAGACACAGAUAACUACAAAGUAGUGAUAGACAACUAUAAACAGUGUGGCUAUGUGGUACUAAAAGAUCAAGUGUUAUACUAGCUGUAUUACAUGAACACAACUAUGCUAAGAGCUUUAAAUUUCUGCGAUUUUGUGUAGUGGCUGAGAUGUCUAUUUUAUUAUUGAUAGCCUGUUGAUAGUGCUAAUAGUGAACUUUGGCCUGGAAUUCCUUCCUUCUUUUUCUACCCAAAUUCUACCAUUCAUUUAAGAAUUAAGACCAAUCUUAUCACUUCCCUAAAACAGGCAUGUGGCUAUUUAAAUAACUUAAAAUGAAAUACAGUUUAAAAUUCAGUUCCUCAAUUACAUCAGCCACAUUUCAAGUGCUCAGAUCACAUGUGGUUAGUGGCUACCAUAUUGGACAGCAUACAUUACAGAAAAUUUCCAUUAUUACAGAAAGUUUUUCUGGAUGACGCUGCUCUAGAAUAUUCCCUUCAACUCCCACACAACUAAUUUUCUUCUGUAUGUUUUAACAAUUUCUACCUAAUGGCAGCUCUUCCAACAUGGCUGUUUUAAACUGUGAUGUAAUUUUCAAUCUUUGAUUUCACUUUUCAACAGGUCUAGAAGUCCCUGGUAAUACAAGUGCUAAAUCUUAACUUUCUUUAUAUAUUACAACUUCUUUAACAGGCCCUUAUAUCUAUUCAUUUUGUCAACAGAUGCAGUUCAAGUGCCGCAUAUCGAUAUUUUGGUCAAUGAUGAACCACAUAUAUGAUGGUGGCCAAUAAUACUAUAACGGAGCUGAAAAGUUUGCUUUCUAUGUUUAGAUACAUAAAUGUUUACCACUGUUACAACUGCCUACAGUAUUAGUACAAUAACAUGCUAUACAGGUUUGUAGCCUAGCAGAAAUAGGCUAUAACUUCUAGGUACCUGGAAGUACACUCUGUGAUGUUUGCACAAUGAUGAAAAUUCCUAAAAAUGCCAUUUCUCAGAAUGUAUUCCUGUUGCUAAGCAAUGCAUGACUAUACUUGGAUCAUUUAAGCCUGUAUUUCUAAUAUUAAGGAUAAUAUAGGCAAGACUGUUUACUACAUUCAGAAUGUAGAAAUUGCUUUCUUCAACAUCUUAGUUCUAGCUAAUAAUGAGAAUAUAAUUCUUAUGCGAGGCAGAUAUUUACACAGAAUAACACUUUUACCUACGUUUUCUGAGGAUUUGCAUUCUUUGUAGAGAGCAGUGUAUGGUUUCUUUAUUAUUGUUCAGAGUUUAAAACUGAAAACCAAUAGACUUCUCUCUUAGACCUUCUUAUUCCAGUAGUAUCACACUUACAUGAUAUCAGAAACUAAUAUGACAAUAUUUAAAUACUAAGUGGUACUAAAGAACUAUAAGAAUACAUAAGGCUCAGGCCACUGUCUGUUAUCACUGUCACUUAGUAUUUAAUGACAAAACUAUAUAUGAAUAAAUUAUAUCACAACAAUGGAAUGCUUUCUACCAUUUAAAUUUAUAAAUAAAAAAAUUUGUGGGUUAAGCAGACACUUUUCAUACUGAAUUCUACAAAAAAUAUAAAUAUUUCAAAUUCAAAACAUCCCUAAGGACCUACAGAAUAUAUUAAAACUGGCAUCCUCAGAUUCUGUAUUUUUGCUUCAGGUAAGACAAUGCAAAGAUAACAAGCAAGAAUUGAACAAAUGUUUUAGAAAUAUUUGUAUUAUUGUAUGAAAUGGGAUUUCAUUUGAAAUUUUAAUAAAAUUCUUAGUUACAGGGUUUGAAGUCUUCUUUGAGGACCAGUUUAAAAGGAAACAUUCAAACUGUAAAAUAAAUCAAUCAGUAUGCACUUUAUUUAAAGCCAAGGUUUUACAUAAGACCAACAAACUGACUUAAGUGUGGGCAAAUUGUUCAUUCACGUUUGAGAAAUUACACGGUUUCUAUAUAGGUUCUGAUAAAGUAGCUUGUUGCCAUACUAUCAGAAUUUAACCUGAAACCACCUGAAGGUGUUUUUAAGUGUAUCCUAAU